AACUGGCCCCGCGCAUGGACUGACAAACGCCUACCGUCUCGGUCUCCGGCGACUUCUCGGGAAAAUUCACGUUACAUGUAUGUCGCUCGCGUCCCCUCCGGCGACCAGCUCCGCACCACACCUUUCGCAGGUUCUGACGAGGGAAAACGUAUAAGCCGGCCCCGCAUGGAAAACCAAACAAGCCGUCUCCGCCUCCACGACGCCUCCCUCCUCCUCCUCAUCGUACACACCAGCGUUGCAGCCGCCGAGGCCGCCCUCGGAUGCCCGGCAGACCAGGCCUCCGCGCUGCUGCGGCUGAAGCGGUCCUUCCAGCAGCCGCACCUGCCAUCCUGGCGCGCGCGCACGGACUGCUGCCGCUGGGAGGGCGUCUCCUGUGACGCGGCCUCGGGGCGGGUCGCCGCGCUUGACCUCGGCGGCCACGGCCUGCAGAGCCAUGGCGGCCUCGACGGCUCCCUCUUCCAGCUUGUCACCCUGCGGCGCCUCAGCCUCGCGGGCAACGACUUCGGCGGCGCCAGCCUCCCGCCGUCCGGGUUCGAACGGCUUGUCGAGCUCACCCACCUCAACCUCUCAAACGCUGACUUCGCCGGCCAGGUACCCGUCGGCAUCGGCAGCUUGAUCAAGCUCGUGUCACUCGACCUCACCUCCAUUCAGCAGCUUAUUACGCCCCUGGAGUUCAAAGAACCGAGCUUUAGAGCCGUCAUGGCCAACCUGAGCAACCUGAGGGAGCUCCACCUCGACGGGGUGGACAUGUCCGCCGCUGCCAGAGACUGGUGCGACGUCCUCGCGGAAUCCGCCCCUCGGCUUCUGGUGCUCACCCUGCAGUACUGCAACCUCUCGGGCUCCAUCCGCCCGUCCUUCUCGCGCCUCCGGUUGCUCGCCGUCGUCGACCUCUCGAACAACAACCAAGGCUUCUCCGACACGUCCCAGGAGGAGGUGCUCGCCUUGUCCGGGUCGAUCCCCGAGUUCUUCGCCGAGUUCCAUCACCUGACCAUUCUCCAGCUCUCCAACAACAACUUCAACGGGUCGCUCCCUCGUGGCAUCUUUCGGCUGGAGAGGCUGAGGGUGCUCGACGUGUCGUCCAACUCCUACCUCUCCGGCAGCAUGCCGGAGCUCCCCGCCGGGAGCUCCUUGGAGGUUCUGAACCUGGAAGAAACCAGCUUUUCUGGUCAAAUACCAAGCUCCAUCAACAACCUGAGACAUCUAAAAACUCUGGAUAUUAGCGGGAGUAAUGGCCGCUUUACUGGGGGCAUUCCCGCUUCGAUCGGUGACCUUGCGUUAUUGAGCCUCUUGGAUCUGAGCAGCAGCGGGUUCCAAAUCGGCGAGUUGCCGGCUGCCAUCGGAAGGCUGCAGUCCUUAUCCACGCUGCGGCUCCGUGACUGCGGCAUCUCCGGUGCAAUGCCAUCGUGGUUUGAAAAUCUGAGACUCUUGGCUGAGUUGGACCUCUCACUGAACAAUCUUUCAGGGCCAAUAACAUCCUACAGAGAAGGGUCAUUCCUGAACUUAAACAGGCUACAACUAUGCUGCAACUCCCUAUCAGGGCCAGUUCCUGGCUUCAUAUUCUCUCUGCCGCGAUUGGAAUUCGUAUCGCUCAUGUCAAAUAAUCUAGCCGGUCCGCUCCAAGAAUUCUCCAAUCCUUCUCCAUCGCUAGUGACCGUUUACCUGAAGUCCAACCAGUUAAACGGAUCGAUACCCAUGUCCUUCUUGAAACUUCAGAGUUUAGAGACUCUUGAUCUCUCCAAAAAUAGCCUAAGCGGGACAGUACAGCUUAGCCUCUUUUGGAAACUCACAAAUUUAAGUAACCUUGGCCUGUCAAACAACAAACUAACAGUGAUAGUAGACGAUGAGCACAUCAGUUCGUCGGGUGCAUCGCCCCCUCCAAUCCACUAUCUGGGGUUAGGGUGCUGCAACAUGACCAAGAUCCCCUCAAUAUUAAGGCAUGUCGUGGUAUAUGACCUCGACCUCUCGUCCAACCAGAUUGGUGGAUCUAUACCCAACUGGAUAUGGGCAGGCCAGGUUGAGAACAUAAAUGUGUUCAUGUUCAACCUUUCGCGCAACAAGUUUACCGAUAUAGACCUGCCUCUUGCUAAUGCCAGCAUAUACUUUCUUGAUCUUAGUUUCAACAAUCUUCAAGGGCCCAUACCCAUCCCAAAUUCCCCACAGUUCUUGGAUUACUCGAACAACCUAUUCUCAUCCAUCCCAUCGUACUUCAUGGCACAACUGAGUAGCGCCUUCUUUCUGAACUUGGCCAACAAUACACUACAUGGAGGCAUCCCAACUAUGCUCUGUACUGCAGGCAAUCUCAAAUUCCUUGAUCUCUCUUAUAACUAUUUCAGUGGUCAUGUUCCAUCUUGUCUAGUAGAUGGACAUCUGACAGUCCUGAAGCUGAGACAGAACCAACUGGAGGGGACGUUGCCAGAUGAUAUCAAAGGAGGUUGUGCCUCCCAGACGAUAGAUUUGAACGGGAAUCAGAUAGCGGGUAAGGUGCCAAGGUCACUCUCUAACUGCAAUGACUUGCAGGUUUUUGAUGUUGGAAACAACAAUUUCGAUGGCUCUUUCCCGGGCUGGAUGAUGAAGCUGCCCAAACUUCGAGUUCUUGUGCUAAGAUCCAACAGAUUCUCUGGUCCAGUGAGUAAAGUUCCUACUGAUGGUGAUGAAAAUACAACGCGCUCCUCAAGCUUGCAAAUUAUUGACCUAGCCUCAAACAACUUCUCCGGUAGUUUGGAUUCACAGUGGUUUGAGAACCUCAAAGCGAUGAUGGUUACUAGCAGGAAUGACUCCAUGCUAGUCUUGGAUAACAACCUUUCAGGGAAAUUGUAUCGAGAUAUAGUCGUAGUCACGUACAAAGGAACAUCCCUGACAAUCAGCAAAAUCUUGAUUGCCUUCACCGUGAUUGACUUCUCCGACAACGCAUUCACCGAUGGCAUCCCAGAAUCAAUCGGAAGACUUGUUUCACUACGCGGGCUCAACAUGUCAGACAACGCCUUUACUGGACCAAUUCCUUCUCAACUCAGUGACCUGAAGCAGCUGGAAUCAUUAGACCUCUCCUCGAACCAGCUUGAUGGAAAGAUCCCAGAGGUUUUGACCUCUCUAACCUCGCUUGCUUGGUUGAACGUCUCCUACAAUCAUUUGCAAGGGAGCAUACCUCAGGGGGCACAGUUUUCGACAUUUACCAACGCUUCUUUUGAAGGGAAUGCAGGGCUGUGUGGCAAACCACUGUCUAAGCAAUGCAACAGUUCGGAUACAGGAACCCCUUCUUUGAACCACGAGAAAAGCUCAGAUGAUAGGUUACAGACCAUUGUGCUGUUCUGUUUUGUUGGGUCAGGGUUUGGCCUGGGUUUUGCAAUGACCAUUUUGGUUCAGGUGGUCAGCAUCUGCAGCGGCAAAAGGUGGUCUGCCUCAUGUAAGCAUGUGUUGAGGUGUAUGAUUGCUUGUUCAUGUACGGCUUAAGUUUUGUUUUAAGAAAAGAAACAAUGUUUAGUUUGAAAAGUAAGGGAGUAUAAUAUUUUAGGGAAGGAACAGAAUGUACUGGCAUGCUUUUCGAAGGAAAAAUAAAAAAUAAAAAAUUGCACUGCCAUGUUACGUUCUUUAGACACUAGUAUGUAUUUCCAAUGUCUUUCCGUUCUCCAUGAAGAUUGGAAGUCUUAUAUCACCGCGGAGCCUGAAGCAAAACGCAGGGGCCAAUUUGCUGAAAGCUAAUAAAUAAACAUAAGUGCUGGAAUUAUUAACGUAUCAG